AGCUUCGGAGGCGGCUGGCGCCGGCGCUCCCCAGAGGCCGACGGAAGGUGAGCGCUGUGGGCUAUGGGAUGGAUGAGGUGGAGCAGGACCAGCAUGAGGCCCGACUCAAGGAGCUGUUUGACAGUUUUGACACCCUGGGGACUGGGUCUCUGGGUCAAGAGGAGCUCACUGACCUCUGCCAUGUCCUGAGCUUGGAGGAUGUGGCCCCGAUGCUGCAACAGACACUACUUCAGGACAACCUCUUGGGCAGGGUCCAUUUCGACCAAUUUAAAGAAGCAUUAAUACUUAUCUUGUCUAGAACUCUAUCCAGUGAAGAGCACUUUCAGGAGGCAGACUGCUCACUAGAGGCUCAGCCCAAGUAUGUCAGAGGUGGGAAGCGUUACGGACGACGAUCUCUACCCGAGUUUCAAGAGUCCGUGGAAGAGUUCGCAGAGGUGACGGUGCUCGAGCCACUGGAUGAGGAAGCAAAGCCGUCACACAUCCCAGCUGGCGACUGCAGCGAGCGCUGGAAGACGCAACGCAGUGAGGAGUAUGAAGCCGAAGGUCAGCUAAGGUUUUGGAACCCGGAUGACCUGAAUGCUUCACACAGUGGGUCUUGCCCUCCCCAAGACUGGAUAGAAGAGAAACUGCAAGAGGUUUGUGAAGAUCUGGGGAUCACGCGAGAUGGUCACCUGAACCGGAAGAAGCUGGUUUCCAUCUGCGAACAGUACGGAUUACAGAAUGUGGAUGGAGCGAUGCUGGAGGAGGUCUUCCUCGGUCUCAACCCCGAUGGCACAAUGAGUGUUGAAGACUUUUUCUAUGGUCUGUUCAAAACGGGGAAAUCCUUCAUGCCGUCAGCGUCUACUCCCUACAGGCAACUGAAGCGGCAUCUCUCCAUGCAGUCUUUUGAUGAGAGUGGACGGCGGACCACAACUUCGUCGGCGAUGACAAGUACCAUUGGCUUCCGGGUCUUCUCCUGCUUGGAUGAUGGGAUGGGCCAUGCAUCUGUGGAGAGGAUCCUGGACACCUGGCAGGAAGAAGGCGUUGAGAACAGCCAGGAGAUCCUGAAGGCCUUGGAUUUCAGCCUGGAUGGGAAUGUCAACCUGACAGAGCUGACUCUGGCUCUUGAAAACGAACUCUUGGUCACCAAGAAUGGCAUCCACCAGGCAGCUCUGGCCAGCUUCAAGGCUGAGAUCCGGCACUUACUGGAGCGGGUGGACCAAGUGGUGAGAGAGAAGAGAAGCUACGGUCGGACCUGGACAAGGCGGAAGCUCAAGUCCCUGAUGGCGUCAGAAGUAGACGAUCACCAUGCGGCCAUUGAGCGGAGGAAUGAAUACAACCUCAGGAAGCUGGAUGAAGAAUACAAGGAGCGCAUAGCAGCCUUAAAGAGCGAACUCCGUCAAGAGAGGGAACAGAUCCUGCAGCAGGUGGCCAAGCAGCGGGUGGAGCUGGAGCGGGAAAUUGAAAAGGCCAAGACAGAAGAGAAUUACAUCCGGGACCGCCUUGCCCUCUCCCUGAAGGAAAACAAUCGCCUGGAAAAAGAGCUUCUGGAAAACACGGAGAAGCUGGCAGAGUAUGAGACCCUGACGAAUAAACUGCAGCGCAAUCUGGAAAAUGUGUUAGCAGAAAAGUUUGGUGACCUCGAUCCCACCAGUGCUGAAUUCUUCCUUCAAGAAGAGAGGUUGGCGCAGAUGAGAAGUGAAUAUGAGCAGCAGUGCAGGCUGUUACAAGACCAAGUGGACGAACUCCAGUCGGAGCUAGAAGAAUAUCGUGCCCAAGGCAAAGUGUUCAGGCUCCCCGUGAAGAACGCGCUGUCAGAGGAACUUGAUGCUAACAGCGGUGGCCUUGAGCCCGACCAAGGGCUUGGUUCUGAAGAAUGCAAUCCACUGAACAUAGGACUUGGUUCUGAAGAGUGCAAUCCGCUGAACAUGAGCAUCGAGGCGGAGCUGGCCAUCGAGCAGAUGAAGGAACAGCACCUCAGGGACCUGGGUCACCUGAGGCUGGAACUGGAAGAGAAGGUGCACCAUUAUGAAAAACAGCUGGAUGAAACCAGAGUCACCUGUGAGAAGGAGCAGGCGGCCAUGAAGCAAAAGUAUGAGCAAGGAAUGCACACCCUGGAGACACAAAUAAGUGACCUUCGAGGGGAGAUCGCCGACCUCCAAGGGCAGGCGGCGGUGCUGAAGGAGGUCCACCACGAGGCCAGCUGCAGGCAUGAGGAGGAAAAGAGGCAGCUGCGGCUGGUGUUUGAUGAGGAGAAGACUCAGCUCCAGGAGGAGCUGCAGCUGGAGCAUGAACGGGAGCUCACGGCCAGGCUGCAGCAGGCCGAGGAACGGUUUCAGCGGGAGAGAGAGGGGCUGGCUCAGGGCGCUGCGUGGACCGAGGAGAAGGUGAGGAGCUUGAGGAGGGACCUGGAGCGAUCCUGCCAGGAGCAGCUGCUGAGCCUCGUGGAGAAGCACGCUCUUGAGAAAGAGGAGCUGAGGAAAGAGCUCCUGGAACGUCACCAGAGGGAACUUCAGGAGGGGAGGGAAAAAAUGGAAACAGAGUGUAAUAGAAGAGCCUCUCAGAUAGAAGCCCAGUUUCAGGCUGACUGUGAGAAAGUCACUGAGCGCUACGAACGCACUCUGCACAGCUUGGAGGGGCGUCACCGCCGAGAGCUGCAGGACCUCCUGGACCAGCACCUGGAAGAGAGAUCCCAGUGGGAGUUUGAGAAGGAUGAGCUCAGUCAGGAGUGCACAGAAGCCCAGGAGCAGCUGAAGGAGGCGCUCCAGAGGGAGAAGGCGACCGCUCUUGUCCUCAACCAGGAGCGGGAAAUGCUGGAGGAGACGUACAAGGAACGUUUGAACAGCCUGAGCGUGGAAAGAGAUCAGCUGCUGCAAGACCUGGAAGACCUACGGAACACUUCUGAGGGCCAGCACAGGCUCUUGUCUGACCAGAUGCUUGAGUUGAAGAAAAGUCGGGAGAGAGAGCUGAGGGAGAGAGAGCUAUGCCAGACCGGGGCCUCUGAGCAGCUGGCCAGCCAGCAGCUUGAAAGGCUACAGGUAGAGCAUGAGCAAGAGAGGCGAGAUAUGCUAGGCAAGCUUGCGGCCCUGGAGAGCGCCCACAGAGUGAGCCGUGAGAGAGCAGAUCUAGAGAAGGCAGAGCUGAGUGCAGAAAUCCGCAGGCUUCAGAAUACAGUAAAGGGCAUGCAACAGGCGGCCUCUCUCUCGGGGCUUCAGAGUGCUCAUUCCCUGGUAAUGGCGGGGGAGGAGGCGGAAGAAAAUGGAGCCAUGUCCCUACUUCAGCAAGGGGAGCAGCUGUUGGAAGAAAAUGGAGAUGUCCUCGUCAGCCUGCAGAGAGCUCAUGAGCGCGCAGUGAAGGAAAACGCAAAAAUGGCUACUGAAAUUUCUAGGUUGCAGCAGAGGUUGAAAAAGUUAGAGCCGGGGGCAGUGAUGUCAUCUUGUUUGGAGGAGCAAUUGACUGAGAUGUCUGGAAGGUCCAGGGAACAAGCAGAGCCAUUUCUGUCACAAGUAACGCAAGGAGAAAGUGCCACCUCCAAGCACAUCCUCAGUGACCUAGGAAGCCACGAGACCCAGGACCUGGGAAGCACAGGGACAAGCUCUGUUCGGAGGCAUGAGGGCAAAACCGAGGAGUCCGAAGCUUCCCUGGAGUGCUUUUCUGAGCUGGAAAACAGUGAAGACACCAAGACUGAAUCCUGGGACCUGAAGAGCCAGAUCACCCAGCUUCAGGAGCAACUAACAGUCUUACGUGCAGACUGCGAUCGGGCUUCUGAGAGGAAGCAGGACCUACUUUUUGAUAUUUCUGUGCUGAAAAAGAAGCUAAAGAUGCUGGAGAGAAUCCCCGAGGCGUCUUCCAGGUAUAAGUUGUUAUUUGAGGAUGCCACUAGGGAAAACGCCUGUCUCCAGGAGGAGCUGAGACUCAUGGAGACGCGCUAUGAUGAGUCAGUGGACAGCAACAAAGAGCUGGCUGCUGAAGUCUUCAGGCUGCAGGAUGAGAUGAAGAAGAUGGAGGAGGUGAUGGAGACGUUCCUGAGCCUGGAGAAGAGCUAUGAUGAGGUCAAACUGGAAAAUGAGGAGCUCAGUGCUCUGGUGUUGAGACUUCAAGGGAAGAUGGAGAAGGUGUUGGGAAGAGCCCCCCUGUGCCAUGAUAGCUACCCCUUGUGGGAAGCCCCUCCAGAAAACCUGGAGGUCGUCUCCGAUGAAAAGGUGCUUGAAUUCCAUCAGACUCCAGAAGAGUGUACACCCGCGGUCAUGAGCAUGCACCGCAUCGUAGAAGAAUGUAGACAAGAAACCGAAUGCUGUGAACAGGGAAGCGCCCGGCUCCUGGCUAGAAUAAGAGCACAGGAGGUUGCCUGGUUCCGCGGAACAAUUCAGCCACAUCAAGAAAAGGCUAGUGUGCAGAGUGAGGUUAUCCUGGAGGAGAGCGCUGCUCUCCUAGGCCUUCAAGACACACACCUUCAACAUCAGGUCACAAUCGCAGAGUUAGAACUGGAGAAACAAAAGCUUCAGGAGCUGACUAGAAAGUUGAGGGAGCGAGUCAGUAUGUUAAUUAAACAAAAAGAUACACGUUCUCAAGGAGAGAAGGAGGAAGAGCUGAAGGCCAUGAUGCAUGACUUGCAGAUCACGUGCAGUGAGAUGCAGCGGAAAGUUGAGCUUCUGAGAUAUGAAUCUGAAAAGCUUCAAGAGGAAAAUUCUAUUUUGAGAAAUGAAAUUACUACUUUAAAUGAAGAAGAUACCAUCUCUAACCUGAAAUUAGAAGAAUUACAUGGAUCUCAGGAAGAACUCUGGCAGAAAAUAGAAACUGUAGAACAGGAAAAAGCUUCAAUUCAGAAGAUGGUUGAGAAAUUAAAGAAACAGGUUUCAGAUUUAAAAAUCAAAAACCAACAGUUGGAUUCAGAAAACACAGAACUCAGCCAAAAGAACUCCCAAAACAAGGAAGAGCUGCAAAACCUUAAUCAACGUCUGGCAGAGGCGCUGUGCCAGAGGGAGGAGCCAGGAGCUUGCAGCCCCGAGAAAUGGGAACAGGAGAACUCGAGUCUGAGGGAAGAGCUGGAGCGCUGCAAAGUGCAGACUUCCACUUUAGUGGCUUCUCUGGAGGCUGAACUUUCUGAAGUUAAACUCCAGACUCACACCGUGGAACAGGAAAACCUCCUUCUCAAAGAUGAACUGGAGGAACUGAAGCAACUGCACAGAUGUCCUGACCUCUCCGACUUCCAGCAGAAAAUGGCUAGCCUUCUAAGCUACAACGAAAAGCUCCAGAAGGAAAAAGAAGUUCUCAGUGAAGAACUGAACAGCUGCGCUGAUAAGUUGGCAAAGUCAAGCCUUUUAGAGCACAAAAUUGCUACAAUGAAGCAGGAACAGAAGUCCUGGGAGCAACAGAGUGAAAGCUUGAAGUCACAGCUGGUGACAUCCCAGGAGAAGGUUCAGAGUUUAGAAGACAUCCUGCAGAGUGUAAACCUUCAGAUGUCCCAGAUUAAAUCAGACCUCCAAGUGACUCAGCAGGAGAAGGAGGCGUUAAAACAAGAAGUGAUGUCUUUACGCAGACAACUUCAGCAUGCUGGCGACAAGGACUGGGUCUCAGAAACAGCCCCCCAUCUCUCAGGGCUCCAGGGUCAGCAGAAAAGGCUGUCCUGGGACAAGCUGGAUCAUCUGAUGGAUGAGGAACCACAGCUACUUUGUCAAGAGAGCCAGAGACUCCAGACUGUGCUUCAGAACACCAAGGCAGACCUCACACACUCCCGUGAGAAGGUCUGUCAACUGGAAUCCAAUCUUCUUCCCAUCAAACAUCAGAAACAACUCCACCAGUCAUGUGCUGUGAAACCCAUAGAACAAGAAAAAUUGGCUUUAAAGAGAGAGUGUGAACAGUCUCAGAAAGAACAAUCUCCUACUAGUAGGAAGGUCAGUCAGAGGAGCUCCCUUGAGCGAGAAUUAGAAACGGUUCAUUUGGAUAACGAAGGUCUAAAGAAGAAACAGGUGAGACCGGACGAGAAGCUAAUGGAGAUGCAGCCCCUGAGGUCCACUGCGAUGCUUAGCCCGUCCUCUCACUGGGAUCUGCAGCUGCUCCAGCAGCAGAGCUGUCCAAUGGUGCCCAGGGAGCAGUUCCUGCAGCUUCACCAGCAGCUGCUGCAGGCAGAAAGGAGAAGCCAGAACCUGCAGGAAGAGCUUGACAAUCGGACCUCCGCAACCAACACACCGCAGGGAAGCCAGGAACACCUUGUAAAUCUCAUGGAAGAACGAAUGAUAGAAGUUGAACAAAAACUGAAGCUGGUAAAGAGGCUCCUUCAAGAAAAAGUGAAUCAGCUCAAAGAACAGCUCUGCAAGAACACAAAAGCAGAUGCCAUGGUGAAAGAUCUGUAUGUUGAAAACGCCCAGCUGUUGAAAGCUCUGGAAAUGACUGAACAGCGACAGAAAACAGCAGAGAAGAAAAAUUACCUCCUAGAAGAGAAGAUUGCCAGCCUCAGCACCAUCGUGAGGAACCUGGCCCCUUCACCCCUGGCUUCCACCCCUCCUUUGAGGUCAUAGCCCUACCAAAGGAUGCACUUGCAUCUGUACACUGUUACUGACGUUCAUGGAAGGCUUCAGUCCGCUCUCCGAACCCGCUAAAGAACUUCCGGGGCUUCAAAUCAAGCCCACCCAAAGUCUGCUCUGCCAGGAAUUGGAGCCUCCAAAUGGAUGCUUACAGGAGUUUCACAAAUCACAUAUUUCACUUUUUAAAUUACUCCUGAGCAUUAAACUUUUAAAGGAUGGUCUGGAUAGCUACCAAGAAUGAAAAUAAUUUAAGAACUUAAAAUCCCAAUUUUUAAUGGUUUUUAAUUGCUAUUAUCUGUAUAUACAAUCCAGAUUCCUUUUAAGUUUAAGAUCUAACUAGAGUGGUUAUUAUAUUAUUAUAGUCUUUAUUUUUGGAAACAUAUAAGUACUGUAAUCCUUAUGCUUAUAAUAGUUUUGUUUUUUUGGAUUAAUUGUCUGACUGCAGUUCUGUUUAAAGAAGGCUUAAGAAGCUAGCCGCUGAGGUCAGAAAAGUCCUCAUUUUGUGAAAUUCUGGCUUCUGGUGCCUGUUCUCGCUCCUCUUUCUAUAAAAUAGACUCAGAGCUGAUCUACUCAACUGCACUCUUUACUAAGGUCAAAGGUUUACUUGAUUUUAACAGUCCUUUCUCCUCCUCUUCAAGUUUUUGUUUGGGACCUUGUAUUCUUAAAAAAUGGAUAAAACUGUAUUUUAACAAUAUUUGAACUAUGAGGAGACCAUUGAACAGCCCACUUUGGAGUGCAAAGCCACUCUUGGACGAAGAUUACAGGAGCCUGAUGGGGGGCGUUUCCUCUCUCCCAAGCCUUGGAGUUCACGGACCUACCUUUGAGUUCGCAUCAAGAGCUCAGGGAACAGUUUCUAACCUGUCUUCCUGAACUACGUACUGCCUAGCUUCUCUAAGAACUGGACAUGUAUAAACCACAGGACCUUACUUGUCUUAUAUAUUAACAGCCAUAGAAUUUUUAUUUCUAUAUUUAGUGCACUUAAUUAUCUGAAGAGGCCUUGACUUUAGAGUUAAAAACCUCUCCAAUUUAUAGAAGAGGGAUUUGUAGAAGACUUUUUGCCCCCUGUUUAAUGCAGGUCAGGAUUCCCAUGCUCCUGGCCGAUUGAUACCUCACACCUGAACAUAUGAAUUUCAUACUUCGGAGAAUGUUGGCAAGCCAUCAGAGGUGAAAGUGAUAAUAGGACUUUGUUCUCAAGGUCUGGGCUUAAGGAACAAUAAUAAACCUUUUAAUUAGACACACAUGUACACACACAUACACACACACACACACACACACACACACAGAGUGGUUGGUGGAGGAAUUACCAGGUGCAGGACACUUCCAAAGCUCUGCUCAGCCACCUUUGCGUUUCCAUGGGGAGAGAAAUGAGAGUUUCACUUUAUUAGAGAUGCAAGAGAAGAGUCGACCAUGGCUUAUGGGCAGGAACACAGCCUAAGUCAAAUAGGCUGAGAAGUCACGUGAUGUGAGGAAAUCUCAAGUCAUUUCCAUGACGACUCUUAGGGAUUCUUUAGGACCAACUACCUAGUCCCGCCAGCCCAGCGCCGGCUCCACAGGGGCUCUGACACGGCACACUGUGGUCCAAUGCUUCACACUGGUUUGACGCUACUGUUACUAUCAGAAAGUUCUGGUUUCCCACUGGGAAAAGAAUCCUUCCCUAUAAUUAUACAUCUCAAUGUUUGGCAUCUGGUAUUAACUCUCCUCUAAAUCCUUCUUCUCAAGCACUUGUAUGGCCUUAGCUUUAUUUAGCAGAAAUUUUUUUCACUUGAACUUAGGCCUGAGCUGAGAUCAGAGGGAUAACUGGGAGGGUCUGAAGUGCUUCUGUGAGCUGCUUCAGGGUCUCCGGGUCUGUACCACUGACCUGAACAGCAAGCGCGUUUCUCCAGCACUGACUCGGCAUGGGGCCAUGUGUGUUGCGCUUUUUUUAUUUUUUUUAUUUUUAUAUUAUGAAAAGUGUAGGUUAGUGUUUCUUAUAAAUUUGUAUUUAUGUGAACAUAAAGUGAUGUACAAUGACUGUAAAUAGGACUUUCUGAGAAGUUUUAGAGUACACUUAGAAUUAUUUCACCCAACUUCAAAGUGCUACCCUAGUAAAGUGGUAAUUCCUUGCUUUAUCCCUUAUCAGAUAGGGGGAGAGACCAGUAUCAGAACUACCCGACAGAUACCUUAAAGUUAUACAUUUGUGCAGCGGUUUCUUUUUGAGAAGCUGUUAGAGCCGGGGAGUAGCUGGCCCUGUGGGAUAGCUUAAAGCUUUAAAGGCAUCAGAUGUCAAAUCCUAGAAUUCAUUGUGUGUCCGCUGACUUCCAGACUUUGCAGGGGCUCUCUCCAAAAUCACACGUGACGUGUUUUAUUGUCGUUUGUCUUUUCUUUUUUAAAGCACUGGUUUUCAAACUUGAUUUUUAUCUAAGAACAGUAGCGAGACAAUACUGGACUCAGAAGACCUCCCUUGUCCUGCUUGCUGUUUUCUACUUUUUAAAGGCCUUAACCCCGCCCCCAAGGGGAGAAGGGAUUUAUUUUAUCCAAAGGCUUUUGCUUGUGGAGGGAGAGCAGUAGGCGGUGUGGUUUAGAAUCAACCUCAGUAUUUUCAUUUGCUUUUCUAAAACUCUUGAUUUCAGCUAAGCCAUGUUAAAUGUGAAUCCCCCUCCCCACCUUGGGGCUUCAGUGUGCCAUUUGUGGAUUUGGCCAUCAGUGAGUUUUAUAUAAAAUAGAUCAUGAAAUCAUAGACUUUAAAGAAGACAUCUUACAGGUCUAGUGUUUCAGCAAUAUCAAUGUUAAGGGCAGGUAUUAUUUUGAGAAACAUUUUUUUAAAGGAAUAACUAAGUCUUCUUGGGAAACUUUUUUUUUAACAUGUGGAAAAUGAAUUUGUGGUUUCUCUUUUUAUUUUUCUGAGUUAAAAAGAAAGCAUGCUGCUGUGGUCAGCAUCUUUCAAAGGCAUUCUGAGUCAAGGAACAUCUGAGUUCUCUCCAGUACAGUAUUAAGCAAGUGCUGUUCUGAAUGGAUUGUCUGCAGUUGUAUAGCACUCCAGUGGGUCAUUAAGCCAUGCUAGAGGCCAGGCCAAAGCCAAUAACCAAAGCACUCACACUGGAAAGUCAGUAGACCACGGUUGGCCCUGAUUGAACAUCUCUGCACUGUGAAGGCUUGGUUUCUGGUGUCUAGACAGCUCGUUAACAGCAAAUUCAAGUCCUUUUGCUUGUCAUUCAUUUGCUUUCUUGCUUGCUUUUUAAUUUUUGAAUGACACAAGGUAAGUCUAUUCUUAAGACAUAUACAGCAUGAUUUAAAGAAUAUUAGUUUUAUGAAAGAAAACUUGAGUUUGUCUAGAGCCCAUCUCCAGAAGUGUAUUCAGAUAAAGAUUAAUGUGAAUAUGUUUAUAUCAGGUUUGUAAAUUUCUUCUUAGCCAUUCUAUCCCAGAAUGAUUUUUAAUGUGAGCUUAAAAUGUAAAUAAAUAAUUUUGCAAACAUG